UUCUCUCUUAUUCUUGUACUGAUGGCACCCUUAAGACAACUCGAGUUUUAUUCAGGCAUUGGUGGAAUGCAUUAUGCUGCCAAUUUAGCUGGUUGGGAUGUUGACAUAUUAAAGGCUUUUGAUAUUAAUACAGUCGCAAACGAGAUAUACAGACAUAACUUUAAUCCAAAAAUAGUCGGACAGAAACUGAUCGAGACUCUCUCGACAAAGCAAUAUGAGGAUUUUGCAGCAGACGUAUGGACUAUGUCACCACCAUGCCAACCAUAUACCAGACAAGGAUUACAGCAGGGUAGCGAGGAUGCACGAGCCAAGAGCUUUCUUUACUUGAUGAAUGUCUUGAAAAAAAUGAGAAAUAAACCAAAGUAUAUCUUGGUCGAGAAUGUAAAGGGUUUCGAGGAAUCCGAUUCACGAGAUAUACUUGUUGAUGCUUUACAACAUAGUGACUACAACUUUCAAGAGUUUUUACUGACGCCUUUACAGCUUGGAAUCCCUAAUUCACGUAUGAGAUACUAUUUAUUGGCCAAGUAUAAACCCUACGAAUUUGCAGUACCUGUUACCGGCACAAUUAUAAACUACAUUCCUCUUUCUGCAAAAAUGUCCAAAGCUUUCAUUGACAAUAGAGGACAAGAGUAUGUGGAUGAAGCAGAGGUGGAAGCAAUAUCUGCUUAUUUGGAGCCUAAUGUUGACGAACAAGCCUUUUUAGUGCCUGAUAAAGUGCUUCUUAAAAAUAUGCAAGUAUUUGAUAUUGUAAAGCCGACUAGUAGACGUAGCUGCUGCUUUACAAAAGGAUACUUUCAUUAUGCCCAAGGCACAGGAUCCAUUCUGCAGAUGAGCGAGAGUUUAGAUACAUCAAUAGUCUUUCAACAAGCAAUGGAAUAUAAAGAUAUUGAUGAAGGCAAACAAUUAGAGUUACUCAAAUCAUUAAGAUUAAGAUACUUUACUCCAAGAGAAGUAGCCAACUUGAUGGGAUUUCCUGAUCAGUUUAGCUUUCCCAACACAAGCUCACUGAAACAAAAAUACCGCACCUUGGGCAAUAGCAUUAAUGUUAAACUGGUGUCUGAAUUAAUGCGUUACCUUUUGAAAGAACCUUUUGUCAGUUCGAAUCAAAAUGAAAGUCAAUAAACUUUAUAUUGAGACAUUACAAAUGUGCUUUGGUCUAUUUCAAGGAUUUACCCUGAGAAACUAAGCUUGUCAUAUAUGGUAAAAUUCCGUUUAUCUCCGCCGCAAGAAACAGAGACAUUGUUUGAGAAAGAGGACGAAGAAGGUAUUUGUUAGAGCAGAUCAUCAUCAUCAUUCAUCCUUUAUACUCAAACUAGAAGGAAAGAUAUGCAGCAUCAUACAUGAAUUGAUUGCUUUUUUUGAUACUCUCUCGGGCCGAACAUCAUGCCUGCACGACAAGCGUUUGGUCCCUGAAAGUGCAUGAGUUUUCUUUCCAAAGCCCAGGGAUACCGUCGAGAAAAUUUUUUUAAUCGAGUCAUCUUUGGCUAAUACUUGCAGAUAUCCCAGGUUCGUUACAUUGAUUCAAGAAGUAAUUGACCACAU